UGUUGCUUAAAGCUUGCCUGCCUUCAUUAUCCUUUCUUCCAUUCUCUCUCUUUCUUUGAACCUAGCUACAAACAUCAAAACAUUUGUACAACCUGCCUUGCCCAAAAUUAUAAUCUUUCAAAGAGUGAGUGAGUGAGUGAGUUUAAGCUAGCUAGAAUGAGACUACUGUUGUUGUUUAUAUACACUUGAUAAAGAAAGAAAGAAAUCCAGACCCACAUAUCCUAUAUCCUCCUCAAUUUGAUUCAUUUCAUAUUCUAUCCUUCAUUCAUAUAUAUAAGUUUUAGAGAGAGAAAAAAAAAAGGAAAAAUACUGGCUAGUUUAAUUAGCUAGAAAAGAAAAUAAUAAUAAUAAUAACAAUUCACAUAAUUCUCAUGUGAUCAUGGAUGGUGGUAGUGAAGAUCAUUUCCACCAUCGUCCUAACUUCCCUUUCCAACUACUCGAAAAGAAAGACGAUGAAGCUUGUUCCUCUUCCGCCACUGCCGGCUUUUCAUCUCGUCCUAUCUCCGCCGCCGCCGACACAAACAACAACCUUCAGAUAACCACCACACCUACAGCAGCCGCCACUACUUCAACCACCACCGAACCUUCCAAGAAACUAGCUCCUAAAAGAACAUCAACAAAAGACAGGCAUACGAAAGUUGACGGCCGGGGGCGUCGUAUUCGUAUGCCUGCUUUAUGUGCAGCUAGAGUUUUCCAGCUGACACGUGAGCUUGGUCACAAAACCGAUGGCGAAACCAUCGAGUGGCUGCUACAACAAGCGGAACCCGCUGUUAUAGCAGCCACUGGGACCGGGACAAUCCCGGCUAAUUUCACUUCUUUAAAUAUCUCUCUUCGGAGCUCCGGGUCUAGUAUGUCUGUCCCUUCCCAGCUCCGAUCCGGAUACUUCAACCCGAAUUUCGCUCUCCCACAUAACCGUAAUUUAUUUCCGGGUUUAUCGUCCCCUGAUAAUAAUAGUACUUCCAAUCUAUUGAAUUUCGGGUCGGGUACUAAUUUACAUCAAAUACUCCAACAAACGAAGCAAGAAAAUCGAGACAAUUCUGUUGAAUUAUCUGAAAGUGAAGAACAUAAUGGAGCUAGAAAACGAAGAACACCGGGAGAUUCGGACUUACAACAACAACAACAACAGAUGGGGAAUUAUUUAUUACAAUCAAGCACAACAAAUCCAGGAACAAUUCCAGCUAAUUUUUGGAUGCUUGCAAAUAAUAAUUCAAAUAAUAAUAAUCAAAAUCAACAACAACAAGGAGGAGGAGGAGGAGGAAUGACAGGUGACCCUAUAUGGACUUUUCCAGCUGUCAAUAACACUGCUUUGUAUAGAGGAACUGUUUCUACUGGUUUACAUUUUAUGAAUUUUCCCACACCCGUUGCCCUCUUGCCAAGUGGCCAGCAGUUGUCUGCUGCUGGCCUCGGGGGCAACCCGGGUAGUGGUUAUACCGAGGGACAAUUAAGUAUGCUUGCUGGCUUAAAUCCCUACAGACCGAUAUUCGGUCCUGGGGGAUCUGAGCAACAGCAAGCAAGUGGAUCUCAAUCGCACCAUGGAGGCGGUGGUGGGGGAGGCGAUGAUACCACUAGUCAUCAAUCAUAAAAAGGUUUUCAUACGACCCGAUGGUGGUGUUAGAUUUGUUGUGUAAACACACACACAUAAGGUUUGAUUUGGUUCAAAUUUUUGGCAAAAUUAAUUUUUUUUCUUUUUUUGAAGAUAAUUAUGCUGAUUUUUUUUUUAAAUAUUUGUUUGUGUGAUUAUUUAUGAGGAUUUAUUUACAAAUGGUUUGGAGAGACGAUUUUUAACA